AUGGCUCCAAAAGUAUCUGUUGGUGAUGCUGAACCUUACAGCUUGGAGCAUUUGAAAGAUAUGGCCGACAACUUUGAUUUCUUAAUUGACGAGACUAUGUACGGGAGAUUGUUCGACGAUAAUGAAUCCAAAGUUAUUAUCAAAACAUGGGAUUUCUUUGUUCCAUGUCGCGCCUGCUAUAGUGAUCAUCCAUCAAGAUUUUGUGUAUGUAUUCGCACAUUGAAAGCUGAUGUUUACAUCUUUGGUGUUCUACUUGUGGAGUUGAUUGCCAAUAAGGGAAACAUUCCUAUUCCACACUGCGACUGGAUUGGUCUGAUGCUGCUCCAACGUGGAAGAAGAUCGAUCGUAGAUAAAUCACUUCUGCAAGAUAACGAUGAACUGGCUAAUAGCAUCACGAGAAUAGCAGCAGCAUGUUUGGACGAGGAUCCAAUUGCGCGCCCAGAUAUGAAGGAUGUCUUUGCCCGACUUGUCCAAUUUGGUAAAGGGAGCAACUCGAAUAAUAAGGUAGAAGAAAACUAG